CAAGGCAGGAAGAGAAGAGAAAAGAGGAAGAGGCAAAGAACGUAGGGCUUUCAUUUUCAGUGAAAAUUCAAAUAAGCAGCUUAAAAACAUAGAAGGGAAAGGAAACCUUAGUGAACACAGUGAGAUAAAUACUGGUAACACCAGGCAUCAUGGCUCCGUGGGCAAUGGCCACCAUGGAGCGUUACGGUGUAGUGAAAUGGAACUUUGCUGGCAACGGUGAGAAUCAGCUUUCUCUUGAAGUAGGAGAUACGGUCUACAUCCAAGAGACCUGCGAUGGCUGGUACAGAGGCUACCUGGCCAGAAACAAAGCCCAUCAGGGUGUGUUUCCAGCAAGUUUUGUACAUCUGAAGGAGGUCGUUGUUGAGCAACGUGGAAAUGAGGAAGUGGUGCUGUCUGCAGAGAUGCCUUUGGUGAAGGAAGUGACCACCACGCUGAGGGAGUGGGGAAGCAUAUGGAAACAACUCUUUGUGGCCAACAAGGAGACGCGCGUGAGGCAGGUGCAGAGGCUGAUGUUGGAUCUGAUGGAGUGGCGUUCCCAGCUUCUCUCCGGAACGCUGCCUACUGAUGAAUUCAAGGAGCUCAAGCAGAAAGUCAUCUCCAAGAUUGAUUAUGGAAACAAUAUUUUGGCGCUGGACCAAGUGGUUCGAGACCAGUAUGGGAAUAUUCUGGACCCGGAGCAGGCCAGCGUCAUUAGCCUUUUCCGAGCCCACGAGGAGGCCGCUGCCAAGAUCAAGGAGCGCAUAAAAGAGGAGAAGUCCAGUGUUCAGGCGGAGCUCAGCGGCUUCUCAGCACGUAUCCAAUCGUCGCCCACGCACAGCCUCUACGUCUUUGUCAGGAACUUUGUGUGUCGUGUGGGAGAGGAUUCGGAGCUCUUCAUGUCCCUCUACGACCCCAUCAAGCAGACCAUCAUCAGUGAGAACUAUCUGAUUAGAUGGGGCAGCAAAGGAUUCCCCAAAGAGAUCGACAUGCUCAACAACCUGAAGGUUGUCUUUACGGAUUUAGGGAAUAAGGACCUGAGCAGGGACAAGAUUUACCUGAUCUGUCAGAUAGUGCGAGUGGGCAGGAUGGACCUGAAGGAGAGCAACAAGAAGUGCACGCAAGGUCUCAGACGGCCUUUUGGAGUGGCAGUGAUGGACAUCAGUGACAUCAUCAAAGGGAAGGUCGAAUGUGAAGAGAAGCAGUUCUUCAUCCCCUUCUCCCCGGUCGUGGCGGAGAACGACUUCCUCCACACCUUUCUGAACAAAGUCACGACGUCCCGAGGAGACAGCGGCGGCCAAGGACUGUGGGUGACCAUGAAGGCCCUGGUGGGCGACAUCGUUCAGAUUCGCAAGGAAUAUCCUCACCUGGUGGACCGCAGCACCGUGGUGGCACGCAAGCUGGGCUUCCCCGAGAUCAUCAUGCCCGGAGACGUACGCAACGACAUCUACCUCACGCUGCAAGGCGGGGACUUUGACAAGUACAACAAGACCACGCAGAAGAACGUGGAGGUCAUCAUGUGCGUUUGCGACGAGGAGGGCAAGGUCAUACAGAGCUCCAUCUGCCUUGGAGCCGGCGAUAAGGCCACCAGUGAAUACAGAUCGGUCAUUUACUACCAAGUCAAGCAACCUCGCUGGAUGGAGACGUUUAAGGUGGCCGUCCCUCUGGAGGAAAUGCACCGAAUCCAUCUUCGCUUCAUGUUCAGACACCGAUCCUCCCAAGAGUCUAAGGACAAGAGUGAGAAGAAGUUUGCCAUGUCCUUCGUACGUCUGAUGAAGGAUGACGGGACGGUUCUUCAGGAUGGACUUCAUGACCUUGUGGUCUUCAAGGGCGACAGCAAGCGCAUGGAGGAUGUCGGGUCUUACUUGGGCUUGCCCUCCACCCGCCAUCACCACGGGGACCUCCACAAGGGGGCGCUGAGCCGCAGUACCAGCAAUGUGGCGGGGGGCGGAGGCGGCCUGUCGGUCAGCUCCAGAGACAGUUUCACCAUUUCCACAUUGGUCUGCUCCACCAAGCUCACCCAGAACGUGGGCCUGCUGGGACUUCUCAAAUGGAGGACUCGACCCGAACUCCUGCGAGAAAACCUGGAGAAGUUGAAACUCAUCGAUGGAGAGGAAGUGGUCAAGUUCCUCCAGGACACUCUGGACGCUCUGUUCAACAUCAUGAUGGAACACUCUCAAACCGACGACUAUGACAUCCUCGUGUUUGACGCUUUGAUCUACAUCAUAAGUCUCAUCGCAGAUAGGAAAUUUCAGCAUUUCAACACCGUGUUGGAGGCCUACAUCAAGCAGCAUUUCAGUGCCACGUUAGCCUACAAGAAGUUGAUGUUGGUCCUGAAGAGGUACCUGGACAUCUCCUGUCGAGGGAAACAGUGCGAGGCAAUCCUCCGAACUCUAAAAUCUUUGGAGUACAUCUUCAAGUUCAUCGUCCGCUCACGCAUGCUGUACUCCCAGCUCUACGAGGGCAACGAGCAGGCCGAGUUCGAGGAGUCGCUGAGGAGGCUUUUUGAGUCCAUCAACAACCUGAUGAAGACGGACUACACCACCACUCUGCUGCUGCGGGUUGCUGCCCUGAAGUACCUGCCAACCGUGCUGCAUGAUGUUGAGAAGGUUUUUGAUGCUAAAUUGCUAAGUCAGCUCCUGCGUGACUUUUAUUCCUGCAUCCCGCCUGAGAAACUACAGAAGCAGAAGGUGGCCUCCAUGUCUGAAAUUGUCGGCGGCCAACUUUUCCAGCGCCAAGAAUGUCGAGAUGUGCUGCUGCCAAUGAUGCUGCGGGAGCUGAGCAGAGCUUUGGCCGCCAUGGCCGACGGGCCGCACGAUGAGAGGAGGGAAAGCCUGGAGCUGCUCAACAACAUUCUGGAGGUCCUGAGCAGAGACAACGUGGGGGAGACAUUUCAGCACAUCCAGGACAUUGUGGCGUCUUUGCUGAGGAUUAUCAACCAGACGGUGAUCACCAUGGGCCGAGAGCAUGCUCUCAUCUCCCGGGUGGUGGCCUGCAUGACAGCCAUCCUCAGUCAGAUGGAUGGGCGCCAUUAUUCCGCGUACAUAGAAACCUUCACUAGAAGCUCGGAUCUGGUGGACUUUUUAAUGGAGUCUUUCCUGCUUUUUAAAGACCUGAUCGGGAAGCAUGUGUACCACUCUGAUUGGAUGGCCAUGAUCAUGGUGCAGAACAGGGUGUUCCUCAGAGCCAUCAACACCUACGCUGACACCAUGAACCAAAAGUUCCUCAGUCACGAUGACUUUGAAGUACAGCUGUGGAAUAACUACUUCCACUUGGCGGUGGCGUUCAUUACCCAGGAGUCGCUGCAGCUGCAACAUUUCUCGCCAACAAAGAGGAACAAGAUCCUGGCUAAAUAUGGAGAUAUGAGGAGACUCAUUGGCUUUGCUAUACGUGAUAUUUGGUUCAAACUGGGCAACCACAAGAUCUGUUUCAUCCCGGGCAUGGUGGGGCCCAUCCUGGAGAUGACUUUGAUCCCAGAGGAGGAGCUGAGGAGGGCCACCAUCCCCAUUUUCUUUGACAUGAUCACCUGUGAACAUGCACACUCGGGCCAUUUCCACAAGUUCGAGAACGAGAUCAUUCUCAAGUUGGACCACGAGGUGGAGGGUGGAGGCGGAGACGAGCGAUACAUGCAGCUACUGGAAACCAUUCUGCUGGACUGUGCUGCGGAGAAGCCCGGUUUGAAGCCCCAGGUGCAGCACUUUGUUUCCUUGGUGAAGGGACUGCUCAUCCGUCUCCUUGACUACCGCACCGUGAUGAGGGAUGACAGUCGCAACAACCGCAUGAGCUGCACCGUCAAUCUCUUGAAUUUCUACAAGGACAUCAACCGUGAAGCAAUGUACAUCAGGUACCUUUACAAGUUACGAGACCUUCACCUGGAGGGUGAAAACUACACGGAGGCGGCGUACACCCUCCUGCUGCAUUCACGUCUGCUCAAGUGGUCAGAUGACAUGUGUAGCCCCCGCUUUGAGUUCCACGGCUCUCAAACGCAGCGGCAGCUGAAAGAAACGCUCUCCGACACCAUCAUCAACUACUUUGACCUGGGCAAGAUGUGGGAAGAGGCCAUCACUCUCUGCAAGGAACUCGCUGAUCAGUACGAGAACGAGAUCUUUGACUACGAGCUGCUCAGCAAGAGACUGGAAAAACAAGCCAGGUUCUACGAGAACAUUAUGAAGAUCCUGAGGCCCAAGCCGGACUACUUUGCAGUGGGCUACUAUGGACUAGGCUACCCGCCGUUCCUCAGGAACAAGGUGUUCAUCCACCGAGGUAAAGAGUACGAGCGCAGAGAGGACUUCCAGAACCAGCUCAUGAGCCAGUUCCCCAGCGCCGUGCGCCUCAAUACCACCACCAUGCCGGGGGACGACAUCCGGAACUCUCCCCUGCAGUACAUCCAGUGUUUCACCGUGCAGCCCGUCUUGGAGAUUCCUCCUCGCCUGAAGAACAAGCCCGUUCCCGACCAGAUCAUCAACUUCUACAAGUCCAACUACGUGCAGCGUUUCCACUAUUCCAGACCCGUGAGGAAAGAACCCGUGGACCCAAACAACGAGUUUGCUUCCAUGUGGAUCGAGCGUACCACCUUCACCACCGUCUACAAGUUGCCGGGAAUCCUGCGCUGGUUCGAGGCCACAGACAUGAAACAUACCACCUUGUCCCCAUUGGAGAAUGCUAUUGAGACCAUGGAGUCCACCAAUGAGAAGAUCCUGGCCAUGAUCAACCAGUAUAAGGCGGACUGGAGUCUUCCCAUCAACCCUCUCUCUAUGCUGCUCAAUGGCAUCGUGGACCCGGCCGUCAUGGGGGGCUUUGCCAAGUACGAGAAGGCUUUCUUUACCGACGAGUACGGCCAGCAGCACCCGGAGGACAAAGACAAGCUGCUGCGUCUUCAAGACCUCAUUGCUUGGCAGAUCCCGUUACUCGGUGGAGGACUAGCUCUCCACGGGAAGAGAGUGACCGACGACCUGCGUCCCUUCCACGAGCGCAUGGAGGAAUGUUUCCAAGAGCUGAAAAAGAAAGUGGAGAAGGAGUACGGCGUCAGAGAACUGUUGGACCCGGAUGACAGGAAGUCGACUCGGCCUUGCUCCGUGCUGCGAUCCGUUCGCCAGUCCGUCGUCUCCAUCUCCUCGCUGCAAGGGUCUGAAUGCGGAACCCCGACAAAGCUCUCUGCUGACAGGGAUUUCCCGCCCGAGCCUUUCAGCGGUACGCUCCCACGCUCCAGCGGCAGCAUCAGCACCCUGGAGGAGGACGUGGUGACCGUGGGCGACUCGGAGGUGAAACUGAGGAAGAGCAAGAAGAAACGGAAGAGGAGCAGCAUGAUCUUCAUCACGGAGGAGAAAGAGACCUGCAAACGGCUGUCAAAAAAGCAGGAAUUCCGCAGUGAAACCAACUUGUGGGAUCCUCAUCCUGGAAAUGUGCCGUUGAGCAGCGCCAACUCCAGGUCCUUGCCCGCCAUUACAGGUUUAUCGCUAACGGUGGCGGGGGCGGGAGAGGAGGUGGACUCGUCCCGAGCCAGGAGAGACAGCAAGUCCUUGUCCCUCUGCGUGACCUCGGACCGCACUGCGGACCGACGCUCCAAAGGCGUCAUCGGCCUCCUCUUUAAAUCCAAGACUUCCAAAACCGACGAUGUGACGAGCGGCGAAGCGGGCAAAGACGACGCCAAUCAUUUCUGACGUCCGUUUUUCUUUUUCAAUUUCACCCCAAAGUCCGCCCUCCGACGGAAGCCAUUUUGUCGGCCGCCGCCGCCGCCGCCUUUAAAUAAUUCAACGUAGCUGUCAGUCAAAUGACCUUUAGUCGCCCGUCGAGCUAAAUGCCACCUGGGAGCUCUUCUAUCACUCCGCGCUCGCUCAUCGCUCCAAAACAAAAACAUCACCGGCGCCGUUUAGCAAAUAACGACUUCCCAUCAGAGACUCUACGCCUGGAACGCUCAAAUCCAGAUUAGACGCCGUGCGGUCGUGUUUGUACCGCCAAAUUAUCAAAAGACGCAUUUCUAUUGAUUUUUUAAUUUUUUUUUUUUUUGGUGGGGGGGGGGCUAAUAU